AUGCCCAGGGAGACCGUGGCAAGGCCGAGGACUGAGUCCAGGUCGCCAGCGUGCGGCACAUCUGGAUGGACACGCCAGCCCAGCCCAGCCGGUAGCCAGUGCGCGCGUGGACCGGGCCGGGAAGGAGGCGCAGGGGCUCCCCGGGGAGGGCACGCCCACCGCCUGGAGUCCAGUCCCUGGGCGCACUGUGCCAAGGGACUGGGAGCGAUGUCCGGGCGCGGGGCGGACGGCAGGAGCCGGAGCCGGGGCCGGCGCGGCCGGGGCAGCGGGAGCCGGAGCCGGCGCAGGAGCGGGAGCGGCGGGAGCGGCGGCGGGCCGAGCUGGUGCUGGUGCUGGCGCGCGGGCGGCAGCGGCCCGGAGCGCUGGGCGCCGGAGGGCGCGGGGCGCGCGGAGCCGGUGCUGGCGGCGAGCGGGGCGCGCCACUCGCUGCUGCUGCUCGGCUCGGGCUCGGUGCUGUCGUGCGGGGACAACAGCCGCGGCCAGCUGGGCCGUCUGGGCGCCGGCGCUUCCGAGCGGCCGGUACCAAUCCGGGCUGUUGAAUCUCUGCGGUUUACUUUUGUGAGCUGUGGCAAGGAGUACUCCCUGGCUCUCUGUCAUCGAGGAAUGGUCUUUGCAUGGGGAGCCGGCACCGAAGGGCAGCUGGGGAUUGGAGAAUUUAAGGAGAGAGUCGAUACACCUAUGAAAAUAAAAAGUCUGUCUGGCAUAAAAAUAAUACAAAUUUCUUGUGGAGACCAUCACUCUCUAGCCUUAUCAGAAGAUAGCCAGCUGUUUUCCUGGGGAAGCAACAGCCAUGGGCAGCUUGGUCUGGGGAAGGAGUUCUCUUCCCAGAAAAUUCCGAAGCAGGUGAAGUCCCUGUAUGGCAUUCCCUUGGCACAGGUGGCUGCAGGUGGGAACCACAGCUUUGCCCUCUCCCUGGCUGGAACUUCGUUUGGCUGGGGAAGUAAUAAUGUGGGGCAACUGGCCCUCAGUGGCAGAAAUGUUCCAGUUGAAAGCUCCAAACCUCGUGCUGUGGGAGCGCUGCAGAAGUUGGGUGUGGUUUACAUCAGCUGUGGACAGGAGCACACCGCAGUGCUGACGCAGGAUGGAAAAGUGUUUACAUUUGGUGACAACACUUACAGACAGUUGGGACACAGCUUUGCAAAGAGUGGCCCACAUCCUGUGGAAGGGAUCCUCGGCCUCGUUUCGCAGAUAGACUGUGGAAGUAAGCACACCCUUGUAUAUGUCUACACUACUGGUCAGGUGUUAUCUUUUGGUUGUGGACCAAGUCUCACAAGCAACUCAACUCAUUCAGAAGCAGUGGAGAACUUGAAUAUUAACUGCCUGAUCCCUGUUGAUGACCUUUUGAAUGUUCAAGUUAAGCAUAUUUUUGCUGGAACAUAUGCCAACUUUGUGACAACUUAUCAGCCUACAAGCCCAAGUAUUCCCAAGAAGACUCUACCAGAAAUAAGCCGAAUAUGCCAGUCCUUGACUGAAAAGUGGAUUUCAAAGGCAAGAAGUGGAAAACAUAGACAAGUUGAAAGUGAAAUUGAAACAAUUUUUUCAUCUCCUGCUUGUCUGACUGCAAGUUUUUUACAGAAAAGGGAACCAGAAGAAACUGUUUUCGUAGGUGUGGACCUGCAGAUGGCGAGAGACACCUUCAAGAUGUUGACAGAAAAUAAGAGGAUUUCUUCCAUGAUAACUACCCAUUUCAGUGAGAAACUGUUCAGAGAUCUUCCUUAUGGUUCACGACAUGAGGAAGCAUUGCUGGUUUUUCUUCUGCUCCCAGAAUGUCCUGUGAUGCACGAAUCCAGUAACUGGAAAAAUCUCAUUGUUCCAUUUGCAGAAGCUGUUGGUAAAAUGUCUUCACUUAUUCUGGAGCAAUGGUGGGGAUCCUUGCAAGGAUCUUAUCUCAACACAUUAGUAAAGAUGCUCAAGACUGCCAUGAUCUCCCUACUGGACUACGGGUUUAAAUCCCUUGAACAUCACUGUAAUGCCAAAGUUCUACUGGAAAUGAUGAAAAAAGUAUAUAAGGUAAACAGCAAAGUUGAUUGUCGGCUACCAGAUAGUACUUUCUACAUAAAUGAAUUCUCUGACUCCGUGGACUUUUUAGAAGAUAGACACGUGGCAUUCUGUAAAGACAACGGUCUCUUUCAAGAAAACAACAGUCCUGUUAUUUUCAGUGAUUAUCCAUUUAUCUUUAAUUUGGUCUCCAAAAUCAAAUCAUGGCGAGCUUACUCCUUUGUUAGAAAGAAGGAGGUGGGAGUCAAAAAAAAUAGUCUUUGGAUAUUUCUGGGAGGCGAGUGUUUUGAAAAUUUCUAUUUUGUACUGAAUGUUGGAAGAAGUCAUCUAGUGGAAGAUACUCUGCGUCAUUUAAACUAUGCUGAAGUCACUGAUCUCCAGAAAGAGUUACUGGUUGGAUUUAUUGGAGAGAUUCGUCCCAAGUGUGGAGCUGUAGUAUCUGAGUUCUUCCAUGCUGUAUUUGAAGAGAUGACAGAGGCAAAAUAUAGAUUGUUCACAUAUCCUGAAGAGGGGUCCUAUAUGUGGUUUCCUGCCAAUCCUGUAAUUGAGAAGAAAAGGUAUUACCUCUUUGGACUGCUGUGUGGACUUUCUCUGUACAAUGACAAUGUUGCCAACAUUCCAUUUCCACUGGCUUUAUUCAAGAAACUUCUGGGCCAAAAGCCAUCACUUGAAGAUUUAAAAGAACUCAGUCCUCUUAGGGGAAAGAAUUUGCAAGAAAUUCUAAAUUAUGAAGCUGACAACAUUGAAGAUCUUAGCAUAUACUUUACUAUAUACUGGGACCAAAAUGAUGUUUCUUUAAUUUCGAAUGGGUCAUCUAUACUUGUGGACCAUACUAACAAGGAAGAUUUUGUUUCUGAGUGUAUCAAUUACAUUUUCAACACUUCUAUUGAUGUGGUUUAUAUGGAGUUUCAGAGAGGAUUUUACAGCGUCUGCGAUGAGAAAUUAAUUAGACAGUUGUUUCAGCCUGAAGAAUUAAUGGAAGCAGUAAUUGGAAAUACUGUUUAUGACUGGGAAGAAUUUGAAAAGAAUUCAACAUAUGGAGGAGGAUAUAGCUCAUCACAUCCUACUAUAAAAAUGUUUUGGAAAGUGUUCCACAAGUUAACUUUGGAGGAAAAGAAGAAAUUCCUUUUAUUCCUAACAGGAAAUGAUAGAUUACAAGUAAAAGGCAUGAUGAAAACUGGAAUCAAUUUCCGCUAUUCUGAGACUUUACGUGAAAGUGAUAACCUGAGAUCACUGAUAUGUCACAAUCUUCUGGAUCUACCAAAAUAUUCUACAAAGAAAAGAAUGAAGGAAGCACUUCAAAUUGCCAUCAACAAUAGCACUGGCUUUGAUGUUGCCCUUGCCACACUGUGAUUGUUACCGCUGAGACUUCAGCACGGCCACACUCUCAUGUCCUCUUGUCUCUGAAAUUUUCUUUUCUCUUUGGAUUAAAUAUAUAAAGGCUUAUAUAUUUUAUUUUGUUUUAUUGUACUG